AUGGCCGAACGUCUUGAAGAUUUAAAUUUACCAGUGACGGCUAUCACCCGUAUAGCUAAGGAAGUGUUGCCGGCCAACAUCAUCGUAUCGAAAGAAGCUAAGACUGCAUUGGCCAGAGCAGCAUCCGUGUUCAUUUUGUACGUGAGCAAUCAAGCCACCACAAUCGCAACGAGCAGGAAUAAGAAGACAAUCAGUGCCCAAGACGUGCUGGAGGCGUUGGCCCAGGUCGAUUUCGAAUGUUUGAUCGAACCCUUACAGCAACUGUUAGAAGAUUUCAAGUCAACAAAACAACAAAAGAAGGAUACCAAAAAACCAACACCGAACAAAAAUGCAGACGAUGCAGACGUGAUUGAUUUGGUGGAUGAUGAUCUGGAAUUGUGA